ACGAACUGAAACAAUAAUCAUUUUCGCUAAAGAGUAAAACGAUUCAGCGACGUAUCGGUGUCCCCGCGGGGACGCGCGGCGUGACGUGUUUUUACUUUCGCUUUUGGGCUCUUUGGGCCGCGAUUGAUUUGCGAUAAAACUUAUCAAUAAAAGUAGAAAAAGACGGUGAGACGGAGGAGGACUGGCCGUGCGAUCGAUGGGAGAGCAGGAAGAGGGUCGCUGAUGAUGGAGCUCACAAAGUGGACGGGAAACGCACUUUGACGGACUAAGCUGAUAUGGAAGAAUCGGCUGCUGGUGCCGUCGCUCCCGAGUUCGACGUGUAUGGUGCAAUGGACUGGACCGAUGGGGUCGGAACUCUUCCGGGCAGCGAGCUGAAGUUCCGUGUGAAUGAGUUUGGAGUUCUGGAGGUCAUCACGGACGAGGCUGAAGCCGAGUGCGUGAAAAAGGCCCACGCCACAACGACCUGGGCUGUUCCCACCGCUCAGGAGGCAUUCCCAGCCACCACCACCACCAAAACCCCAGGGAAGCAGGACCACCCAGAGGUUCCAUGGGCCAGGCCAGGCCUUGUGUGUGUGCGCUGUCAGCAUAAGGGCUCCCCUGCGGACUUCCUGUCAGAUAGACGCUACUGCAGCAAUAGGUGUCUGCGCCAGGACCAGCAGGAGGAGGCGAACGCGGCCAAGGAGGUGCCCGGGGACAAAGGCGAAGCGGUGACCGUCGGGAGAAAGCGAUGCGCCCAGGCGCACGGGAGCAUCGACGAGGAAGCGCAGACCCCGGCGGAGGCACACGACGAGGACGAGGACUACGAAGAGAAAGCCGACAGGAAAACGAUGCGCGGGCCGAACAGGGGCCGCCGAAAAAGAAGGGGAGAUGCCGCACUGCUCAGACACACUGUUCCCUGUGGAGGGAAGAGAAAAGCCUGGUGUUGGGCAUCGUACCUGGAGCAGGAGAAAGCCGUUGCUGCCCCCACCAAGCUUUUCAAAGAGCACCAGUCAUUCCCACAGAGUAAGAAUGGCUUUCGGGUCGGCAUGAAGCUUGAAGGUGUCGAUCCUGAACACCCUUCAAUGUACUGCGUGCUGACCGUUGUGGAGGUUUCAGGACACAGAAUCCGACUGCAUUUUGACAAGUAUUCUGACUGCUACGAUUUCUGGGUGAAUUCCAACUCUCCGGACAUUCACCCCGUGGGCUGGUGCGAGAAGACUGGGCACAAGCCGUACCCUCCGAAAGGGUUGAAGGAUGAAGAGUUCAACUGGCCGUCGUACAUCAAGCUGUGCAAGGCGCAAGCUGCGCCCAAGGCCCUGUUUGAGAAUCAGAACACGACUGUCACCCCUUCAGGAUUUCGAAUCGGAAUGAAACUGGAAGCAGUCGACAAGAAAAACCCCACUUUCAUCUGCGUUGCCACAGUAACAGACAUGGUGGACAGUCGGUUCCUGGUACACUUUGAUAACUGGGAUGAGAGCUAUGACUACUGGUGUGAUGCCACAAGUCCUUACAUUCACCCGGUUGACUGGUGUCAGAAGAAUGGAAAAAUCCUGACAGCGCCUCCAGGGUACCAUAAUGCAAAGAAUUUCUCUUGGGAAAAGUACCUAGAGGAAACAAACUCUCUUCCAGCCCCUGCCAGGGCCUUCAAAGUGAAGCCACCGCACAGUUUUCAGAAGCACAUGAAGCUGGAGGCGGUGGACAAGAGGAACCCCAUGCUGAUCAGGGUGUGCACUGUGAUUGACACCGACGACCACAGAAUUCGGAUCCACUUUGACGGCUGGACUGAUGAGUACGACUACUGGGUGGACGCCGACAGUGCAGACAUUCACCCUGCCGGCUGGUGCGCAAAGACAGGGCACCCCCUCCAACCCCCUAUCAGCCCCCAGGAGGUACAGACCAUUUGCCCCACGCCAGGUUGCAAAGGAGUGGGGCAUAUCAAAGGUGCCCGCUAUUCUGGUCAUCACAGUGCAGUGGGAUGCCCAUACUCCGACAUCAAUGUCAAUAAGGACUCAUUCUUGCCUGAUCGGCUCAGUGGUGAGAUGCCCGCCACGAUCUCGGUUGUGGUGCGGACCAGGAGGGGUGAAUCGGUGCCAGACAUUGCCAGCUUUGCGUCUGACAAGCACUUAGCUGGCAGCCCUCAGAGACUAGGAGAGCCAUUGGGAGUGAAGAGCACCGACACGUCCGGCGUUGAGGCCGGGCCCAAGAAACCUGUUGCUGCAGAGACAAAAAGAAGAGUUGGGCGGCCAUGCAAACAGAGGAAGGUGGAGGAGGUACUGGAGGUGCAGGAGGCACAGGACGAAGAAGGAGCAGAGAGCGAAGUGUCCUCCAUAUUAGAAACCAAAGAACUCAGCCUCCAGCAAGCGCUGCACCAGUCAGUCUUCAUGCCCUGCAGCUCGCCCUCUGCCAGUGCCCCGUUCUGCUGGGACCAGCACAGCAAACUAUUGCCCACAGUGGCUGGUAUCACAGCCAGCAAGGUGGCUGAGUGGAGUGUUGAGCAGGUGACACAUUUCAUCCAGGGUUUGCCAGGCUGCAAGGAGCAUGUGCGCACAUUCAAGGAGGAGCAAAUCGACGGAGAGGCGUUUCUGCUGCUGACCCAGGUUGACUUGGUUAAAAUCAUGAGCAUCAAGCUGGGACCUGCCUUAAAGAUCUACAACUCCAUCCUGAUGUUCAAGACGGCGGAGGACUCAUACAAUGAGCUCUGACAAAAUCGAAAGGCCUUUGGUCCUGUCCUGUAAAGAUGGCCAGGAGCUUUUGGACAAAGUACUGAAGCACAAAAAAACACUUCUCAGAAGCAGACUCCUGCAGUCAAAAUGCUCAUGGAUUAAUUCAAUUGCACAGCUUUAUUUAUUUAUAUGUAUAUUUUUUUUUUUUUUUUUUACCAACAGAUCCUGAAGGCCAAAAACAGCCAUAUUACACAUGCAGAGGAUCUGGAAUGACACUUUAAACUAUGCUUUCAUUUAAAAGUUAUUUUUAAUCUUAUGUUUUGAAUCCUAUGUAAUAAUCAUUCAUAGGCACCUGUCUACUUGCAAGUUUUGUAAAUAGCAAGGUUAUUAGGGUAUUUUCCAGAUCAUUGAAAUUUCACUUAGCCAUAAUUUAAUGAUAAACUCUAGUUAUUUACCAAGGUCUUGUUGCUUUCAGCUAAUGUCUCAACAUGUUACAUCAGUAUUUUAAUCUGAAUUAAUGCUGUUUUCACCAUUGGGCAGACUGUACUCUUGAAAUUGUAUAUUUAAAAUGUACCAAAUUCAUCUGAGCCGUCCAUCUGUUUCAGAAUCUCUCAGGAUGUGAAAGAUUCUGAGAAAUGAAAUGCAGUAAUUACCUGGCCGAGCAAACUGAUUAUAUUCAUAGAGAUGUGAAAAUAGCAGUUUGGUCAUUUUUACUCUUCUUUCAUAAACCCCAGUAAAGCUCAUCUUAAGGCUGUGGGGUUUUUCUUCCCCCUCCCCCAUUUCUGAUUUUCAUACUGGAUGUUAUAUUGUUCCAAAUUCUUCGCCGUUAACACACAGCUCUUGUAAAUUUGGGUCAGGACAAAAGGAAUUCGGUGAGUAACUGGAAGGUAUUUCUGCUUCAAAAGCUUUAUGUAAUUCCAGGGCACCUUUUAAAGCUCUGUCAAAUGACUUCGUGUAACUGUGUGGAUGGACUCCUGCACUACCUUUCAUUUUUUGUGUAUUUUUUUUUCUUGGAAACAACAUUAUGCAUAAACAGUAAUAUGCAAGGAUUUUUUUUUCUUGUGGUUAAAUUAAGCCUUUGGCAAACAAAAAAGGUAUAAAGCUGUAUUUUUUCAGGGCUGAAUUUGUAAAGUUGUACCAUUAUUUAUUUAUUUAAUGAUGGUAUUUCACAUUGUGGUUGAAAAGAAUACAUACAGAUUAUGACAUGACUCCUGUUGAAAGGUUUUUUUUUUUUGCUGCCUGUGAUGAGUUCUUGUGCUCAUAUGGCUGUUGCUACCCAAAUAAACAUGUCAAUAAUGGAACAUUUCCCAUAAUCCCUUGAGUGUUAAAGGUCAUUGUGUCCUGUUUUUUUUUUUUUUUUUUUUUUUCUGCUUUUCAA